AUGGUCCCUAUUGACCCUCCCUCUUCUAACGAUGCCCCCUCUCUGCGACGCCCCAGACAAUUACAGGUCCUCCCUUCCGAGGAAUCCCCUUUGAUAGACCUCCUAACCGAGGACCCCCCACCUUAUCGCCCUCUUAGACCAGCACCAAACCCCAUAGGGGAACCAAAUCCUGACCCUUCGCCAUCUCCAAUUGCAGGCAGAGUUAGAGGCCGACAAAGACCGGAGAAAGAAGAAGCUUCCAGGCUCCUACCCUUGCGUCAGGGGAGGGAACCAGGAAGCCUCCAAUAUUGGCCCUUUUCUGCAUCUGAUCUAUAUAACUGGAAGUCUCAUAAUCCUUCCUUUUCACAGGACCCCGUGGCCCUAACCGCCUUAAUUGAAUCUAUCUUAGUUACCCAUCAGCCUACCUGGGAUGAUUGUCAGCAGCUCUUGCAGGCUCUCCUCACCACAGAGGAGAGACAAAAGGUUUUUCUAGAGGCCAGAAAGAAUGUCCCAGGGGACGACGGAAGGGUCACACAACUUCCUAAUGAGAUAGAUGCUGCCUUCCCUCUGACUCGCCCUGACUGGGACUUCAAUACGGCUGCGGGUAGGACUCACCUACGUCUUUACCGCCAGUUACUCAUAGCAGGCCUCCAUAAUGCGGGACGUCGCCCCACUAAUUUGGCCCAGGUAAGACAAGUGACUCAAGGUAAGGAGGAGUCUCCAACCGCCUUCUUAGAAAGGCUUAAGGAAGCUUACCGCAGGUAUACGCCUUUUAACCCAGAUAAUGAUGAACAAAGAGGAAAUGUUUCCAUGACAUUCAUUUGGCAGUCAGCUCCAGAUAUUAGAAACAAGUUACAGCAUUUGGAAAAUCUACAAGAUUUCUCUUUGCAAGAUUUAUUAAAGGAGGCAGAAAAGAUUUUUAAUAAGAGAGAAACCCAGGAGGAAAAAGAGGAACGACUUAGGAAGUUGCAGGAGGAAAAAGAGGAAAAGCUAAGGAAGGAAACUGAGGAAAAGGAAGAAAAGCGAGAACGUAAACGAAACAAGGAACUUAGUAAAAUCUUGGCCACCGUAGUGCAAGGCAGCCAGAGCUUAGAGAUAGGAAAGUCAGACAGAAAGGGAGACAUAAGGAGGCUUCAGAUAGAACGGGACCAAUGUGCCUAUUGCAAGGAACGAGGACAUUGGGCCAGAAACUGCCCGAACAAUCCUAAGAGAAGUGCUAAGCCGGUCACAAGACUCAUGGCUUUAGACGAAGACUAGGGGCGUCAGGGUCAGGAGCCCCCCCCUGAACCCCGGGUAACCCUAACCGUUGGGGGGCAACCAAUCACCUUUCUAGUAGAUACAGGGGCUCAACACUCCGUUUUAACUAAGGACCCGGGACCACUCAGCAACCGGAUGGCCUGGGUUCAAGGAGCCACCGGAGGAAAGCAAUACCGCUGGACUACGGAAAGAAAAGUACAUCUGGCCUCAGGUAAAGUUUCUCAUUCAUUUCUUCAUGUUCCUGAUUGCCCCUAUCUGCUCCUGGGUAGAGACUUAUUGACCAAACUCAAAGCCCAAAUUCAUUUUGAACCACAAGGGGCCACCGUAACCGGCCCCAAGGGGACUCCUCUACAUGUCCUUACCUUACAAUUGGAAGAAGAAUAUAGACUACAUGAGGAGCCCCCUCAGCCUCAGAGGGACAUAGAAUCCUGGCUUGCAUCUUACCCGAAUGCCUGGGCAGAAACAGGAGGAAUGGGACUAGCUAUCCAGCAGCCCCCCAUUCACAUACAAUUGAAGGCAACCGCUGUUCCUGUCAAUGUUAAACAGUAUCCUAUGUCCAAUGAGGCCUAUCAGGGCAUCAAGCCGCACAUACGGCGGUUACUAGACCAGGGCAUUUUGGCCCCAUGCCGGUCUCCUUGGAACACUCCUCUGUUACCCGUCAAGAAGCCUGGUACCAAUGAUUACCGACCAGUUCAGGACCUCAGGGAAGUCAAUAAGAGGGUAGAAGACAUCCACCCUACGGUGCCCAACCCUUACAACUUACUCAGCACCUUGCCUCCAACCCAUUCCUGGUAUACCGUCUUAGACCUCAAAGAUGCUUUCUUCUGUUUAAGACUGAGUCCUCAGAGCCAGCCUCUCUUUGCCUUUGAAUGGAGGGAUCCGGACUUAGGAAUAUCAGGUCAGUUGACCUGGACUCGGUUACCACAAGGGUUUAAGAACAGCCCAACGCUGUUCGAUGAGGCUCUUCACCAGGACUUGGCCGACUUCCGGGUAAGGCACCCCUCCCUGAUCCUGCUUCAAUACGUUGAUGACAUCCUACUAGCAGCCACCAAUGAAGAGGACUGCUGUACAGGUACUGGGGAUCUUUUAAUGACCCUAGGCCAAUUGGGAUAUAGGGCAUCCGCCAAGAAGGCCCAGAUUUGUCAGGUUAAAGUCACCUACUUGGGCUAUGAACUAUAUGAUGGCCAACGAUGGCUAAUGGCUGCAAGGAAAGAGACUAUUCUUAACAUUCCUGCACCUCAAAACCAUAGGCAAUUGCGGGAGUUCCUAGGAACAGCGGGCUUUUGUAGACUAUGGAUCCCGGGAUUCGCAGAGAUAGCGACCCCUCUAUAUCCAUUAACUAAGCAAGAUACUCCUUUUGUAUGGACUGAACAACAGCAGCAGGCAUUUGAUCAUAUCAAACAAGCACUCCUUAAAUCCCCAGCAUUAGGCCUGCCAGACAUUACAAAGCCCUUCGACCUUUUUGUUGAUGAGAAACAGGGCUUCGCUAAAGGGGUCUUAACACAGAGACUCGGACCUUGGAGACGCCCUAUUGCUUACCUCUCUAAAAAAUUAGACCCCGUGGCAGCUGGCUGGCCACCAUGCCUAAAGAUGAUAGCAGCAAUUGCAGUCCUCAUCAAAGAUGCCACCAAACUGACACUGGGACAGCCCCUAACCAUCCUGGCUCCACACACAGUGGAAUCUUUAAUCCGCCAACCACCAGACCGCUGGUUGUCAAAUGCCCGCCUGACGCAUUAUCAGUCCCUCCUCCUGGACACAGACAGGAUCCAAUUUGGACCUGUAAUGGCUCUUAACCCUGCAACCUUGCUGCCCACUACGGGAGAGAUACCAUUACAUGACUGUCACCAGAUCCUUGCGGAAACACAUGGGACACGACCAGACCUAACCGACCAGCCCAUGAAGGAUGCGGACCUAACCUGGUACACAGAUGGCAGUAGCUACCUGCAGGAUGGAAAACGACGGGCAGGGGCGGCCAUCACGACCGACUCCCAGCUUGUAUGGGCAAGCGCGCUACCAGAAGGUACCUCAGCACAGAGGGCAGAGCUGAUAGCUCUGACCCAGGCCCUCCAACUGGCAGAAGGAUGGGCAGAAGCUUUUCCUACCAAAAAGGAUACAGCUAACAUGGUUGCCAAGAAACUAUUAGAAGAAAUUUUCCCAAGGCCCAUCUGCAAGCUCUGCAGCUGGUGCAACAGGAAAUCUGGAAACCCCUGGGAGCCACCUACAAGGAGAAACUUGAUGUCCCACUACGGCCACAUCCCUAUAAAAUAGGGGACACCGUCUGGGUUCGCAGACAUCGGGCCACAAACCUUGAACCCCGUUGGAAGGGACCCCACAUAGUGCUCCUGACGACACCCACAGCACUAAAGGUCGACGGGAUUGCAGCCUGGAUCCAUGCCUCCCACGUGAAAGCAGCGCACCCAGAAGAACAGACCGAACCCCUUCAAGAUUCGGAAUGGACCGUCCAACGCUCCCCAAAUCCUCUAAAGAUAAGACUCAUGCGCCGUUAAUCCUUCUCCUUGUUUACACUUUCCUUUCCUUUGGGGGCCCCAGUCCAUAUCUCCCCAAACAAUUAACUUGGCAGAUCUUCUCUCAAACGGGAGA